AUGCCUGCGCCAACCAAUCAAUCCGAACUUAGAUCACUUUUAGGUGCUAUCAAUUUUUAUGGAAAAUUCAUAAAUCACAUGCGCAAAUACCGAGGACCAUUAGACGAACUACUUCAAAACAACAAGCAGUGGCAAUGGACGGAACUUCAUCAACGCUGUUUAGAUGGUUUCAAGCAAAUUUUGUCAUCAGAGUUAUUAUUAGCGCAUUACGAUCCACUAAAAAACAUAGUAGUCGCUGCAGAUGCAUCUAACUAUGGGCUCGGAGCUUGCAUUUUUCAUGAAGCUGACGACGGUUCAAUGAAAGUAAUAUGUCAUGCGUCCAGAUCACUAACGCCCACAGAAAAACAAUAUAGCCAAAUAGAAAAAGAAGCUCUUGCGCUUAUUUUCGCGGUUACGAAAUUUCAUAGAAUGGUUUUUGGGAGAAGAUUCAAACUUCAAACAGAUCAUAAGCCUCUUCUAGCUAUAUUUGGUGAUAAAACUGGAAUUAAGGUGCAUCAAGCAAAUAGACUUCAACGUUGGGCAAUUAAACUGAUUGCAUAUGACUUCGAAUUAAAGUUUAUUUCAACUAACAGUUUUGGGUAUGCAGACGUUUUAUCACGACUCAUACAUAACACAAUCAAUCCUUCAGAAGACUAUGUCAUCGCUGCAGUAGAGUUUGAAAUUGAAAGUAAACAAAUUUUACAUAACUCACUUGAUAAGCUGCCGCUUACCAGCAAAAUGAUUACUUACGAAACAGCUAAGGACAAGGUUUUAGCUAAAAUUCUCGAAUAUGUUACUGAAGGAUGGCCAUCAAACUGCAACAACAGUGAGUUAAAAGCUUACUUUAACCGAAAAAACGACAUAUGUAUAGUUGACGGAUGUUUAAUGUUCGGACAACGCAUUAUUAUACCUCAAAUUUUCCGAAAGCGCAUUCUUAAAGAAAUUCACCGAGGUCAUCAAGGCAUAGGUCGUACUAAAGCCAUAGCGCGGAACUACGUUUAUUGGUCAAAUAUCGAUCACGAUAUUGAAGCAAUGGUGAAAAGUUGUUCAAAUUGUGCCGCAGCAGCUAAAAUGCCCACAAAAACAACUUUACAUCCUUGGCCAAAACCUUCUGAUUCUUGGGAACGGCUGCAUAUUGAUUAUCCUGCAUAUCCUGCAAUAGAUUCAUACUACUAUUUGGUCGUAAUCGAUGCGUUCUCAAAAUGGCCAGAAAUUAUACAAACAAAAUCUAUAACAGCAACUCAAACAAUUUCCAGCUUGAAAGAAAUUUUCGCUAGAUUUGGGUUACCGAAGACAAUAGUUUCAGACAAUGGUACUCAAUUUGUGAGUCACCAAAUUCAACAGUUUUUAGCGGAAAACGGCAUUAGUCAUAUACGAAGCAGUCCGUACUAUCCCAUGUCAAAUGGACAAGCCGAAAGGUUUGUGGAUACUUUAAAGCGAGCACUCAAAAAGUUAAAUGGGAAGGGGGUAACUGCUGAAAAUCUUCAAACAUUUCUACAAGUUUACCGAUCAACUCCGAAUAAGCAAAAUGAGGACAGUAAAUCGCCAGCUGAAGUUUUACUAAAAAGAAAUAUCCGUAUUAAACUUGACUUAAUUAAACCAACGCUGGUGUCUUUACCAGACCCAAAUGCCAAGUUUAAAAACAAGUGCGGUGACCGAAAAGAUCAAGAAAAUAAGUUAUCUUUAGAAAUAUGUACUUCCGAAGAUAUCGCCAACGAAAAGUGUUUAGUUGAUGCAUUUGGCCUCUACGAAACAACACCUAAAGAUGUGGUCGAAAUAACUAACAACAACAUGGUUUCGACUCCAGAUCAAUCUUUCAACGAAAUAACCGAGAUUGCAAUCCCUCAAACUGAGAAGCACAAUGAGGCAGUUGUUCCGUAUACACGACCAAGGCGUACUAGACAUCCUAUUGACCGUUAUAGACCCUAG